CUGGACGAAGGCAACCUCGUCAGGCACUUGGCACGGUUCUGCGGUCCCGACCAGGCCUACGGCGGACUGCUAACUUCGCAGGCCACUGCCCGCCAGCGCCGACGCGCUGCCGGGCACCCGGCACAGCCUGCUGACGCCGGGACCCAGGAAGCCGCCGCUAUCCAAGGGGUCCAGAUGGAGCUGCGCGGUCAUGCGACAACGGGACAGGCGGUUCAUGAUACCCGUGCGGCACCGCGCGGCCAAAAGCGGAACGCUCACGAAGCCGCACCGACCACAACGCCUCCUCCCACGGCCCCCCCGACCAGGACUGCUGCUGCUGCUGCACCCUCGGCUGCCGGACAGUUGGCCCUCCCACCGCAGGCUCGGCCACGCUUCGCCGCCCUGACAAACACAGCUGCUGCUGCUGCACCCUCAGCUGCUGCGCCGUCGGGCGCCCCUCCCACCGCGCUCACGCCUGCCACCACCGC